CCGCAGACGUAAGAGUCAGAGAUCCUGAAUCAAGGGGCAAAGAGAGAGAGAGGCCUCUCCGGGGAACUGAGGAAAGCUCAAGGGAAGGCCAGCUAAAAGAAGUGCGGGCUGCGGUAGAGGGCUGGCGGUGCACGUGCAGGAGCGCUGCCUGAGCGCCACGGGGACUUCUGUCCAGACUCCAGCGCCAGGCCUAGACUCCCGACGUCGAGCAGAAGCUCCGCGAGAGUCCUCGGCGUCAGACCCUGCCAAGGCGAGAGCGGGCCAGGCAGCGGAAGCCCGCGCAGCAGGACGUGGCAGCAGCGGCCCUGAGGGUGUCACCGCAGGGGGUGGCGGCGAUGGCGGGGAUACCGGCUGUGGCCGUGGGGGCCAAGUGGCUCGCCAAGAAACCCUACUUGAUGAAAGACAUCAUGAAGCUGCUGUGCUCCAUCUCUGAGAAUCAGAAGAUGAAGGUGGCUGUCAGGUACUCUAUGGAAAGCGCCCUGAUCACAGGAGGUGUGGUCUUCAUCAGUGGUCUGCUCGGGGGUCCGCUCGGACUAGCUGUUGGGGGGGCUGUCGGGGGCCUCUACAGUGCAUGGAUGACAAGCGGACGGUUUGAGCCAAUUCCUCAGAUCAUAAAGGAGCUGCCGCCCGCUGAGCAGCAAAAGCUCUUUAAUGAAGCCAUGGCCAUCCUCGGGCACCUGGACUGGACGGACGCUGUGCAGCUGACCACACUGGUCAUGGGCAGCGAGGCCCUGAAGCAGCAGCUGCUGGCCAUGGUGAAAGAGUUCCUCAAAGGCCUGUACAUUGACUACAGACCUCCUCCUGGGAUGAGGAGGCCACUUAGAUGAUUCUUUGACCCACAGGACGGUGGGCCACUUAGACAGUUCUCCUUGGGGGCGCCUGGGUGGCUCCGUGGAUUAAGCUUCUGCCUUCGGCUCAGGUCAUGAUCUUAGGGUCCUGGAAUUGAGCCCCACAUCGGGCUCUCUGCCUGGCAGGGAGCCUGCUUCCUCCUCUCUCUCUCUGCCUGCCUCUCUGCCUACUUGUGAUCUCUGUCUGUCAAAUAAAUAAAUAAAAGCUUAAAAACAAACAAACAAACAAAAUGAAACAAAACAGAACAAAAAAAACCCCAUGGUAGAUGGUUCUCCUAACUCAUAGAGGUGAAUGUGGAGUUGGGGAAAGUCUCUCCCAUUCAUUGCUCCUGUAUUGGGCCCUACUGUCCCAGACCCAGGGGACACAGGGUCCUACCCAGAGUUCUAGCCCCUAUGUCUGCUGAAGCCCCUCCCUUGGCCACACUGCCUUCAUUUCUGGGAAAAAUCCUGACCCAACUUCUGGGUAGUUUUGGGUCAGAUGGAGCAGAUCUUGCUGAGCGAAGUCAGUGUGGACUAGCUGAGUCCUGGGGUGACUGUGAUGGGCGCUGGCCCUGAGAGGACAGGCCAGACCUCAAGUCUUAUCUCCCCUAGGAGGUAAGAGCACUUUCUGGGCUUUCCCCUCGGGCUUGCCUCUUGGCUUCUCUGAUUUUAGUAUUCUUACUUCUGUUUUCUUGGCAAAAAUCUUCAUUUUUAAAAAAUUUUGAAUAGGUGAUACCAGCCUGGUACUUUGAAGACUCCAGAUGGUGCAAAAGGAAAUCAAGACUUCCUCUGGCAUGAACUCUGCCCCAGGCCCUCCCCAGAGGCAGCCCCUGUACCGAUUUCUUGGGCAUUUCUUAACUCAGUUUUUACAUAGUCCUUGAAAACCAUUCAUUUCCUUUUAUUUGUCAAUAAUGUUUAUUGGUGAAAGUUUAGAACAAUCUAUCCAGAAAAGGAUAGUAACAACAUGACAAAUUUGACCACCCAGAAAAUCACCCUUAACACAUUUGGUAUGUUUCAUACAAACAUUUUAAUGCUGUGUAUGCGUCUUUCCAGCAUAUAUACAUUCUCCCUGCUUAGACCUGUUUGAAUGCUUUUACCAAUUAACAUUUAAUAACAUUUGUGAUGAAGUUUAAAUUCCUUGAAACUGUGUUUCCUGGGUGUAUAAUAUUCUGUCGUAUUUAGCCCUAUCCCUGGUGUGGUUUUCAUUGCUACGAUGAACAGUGUUGUAUUAACAUUCUGCUUGUGCUGUAGUCUGUAAUAGUCUUUGGGAUAGAUGCUUCAAGGUGAAAUUGCUGGAUUAAAAAGUAUGUAAUAUUUUUUAA